CUCCUCCUCCUCCUCCUCCUGCUCCUCCUCCUCCUCCUCCUCCUCCUCCUCCGCUCAUCCGCUCCAUCCUCCGCUCCCGGCCGGCGGAGGUCCGCGGGCUGCCAUGGCGAAGAUCCGGGUGUCGUACGAGUACUCGGAGGCGGAGGACAAGAGCAUCCGGCUGGGUCUGUUCCUGAUCGCCUGCGGGAUCCUCAGCCUCUUCAUCCUGGGCUUCUGCUGGCUCAGCCCGACGCUGCACAGCCUGCAGAGCAAGCCGGCCAACUGCACGGUGGUGUCUGUGCUGCGUCCUGAGGAGAUGUUCGAGUGUGUCUUCACGUGCGGUCUGGACUGUCGGGGGACGUCUCUGUAUCCGUGCCUGCAGAUCUUUGUCAAUAACUCGGAGUCGAACUCAGUGGCCCUGCUGCACUUUGACGAGCAGCAGCUGGUCCUCAACCCCAAGUGCUCGUACGUCCCCCCGUGUGAGAGAGACAACCAGAAGAACAGGGACAGCGUGCUGUGGUGGGAAAACUACUUCAACAAGGAGGUCAGCAGUCAGUCCUUCACCUGCUUCUUCAACCAGCAGAGGAGGCCGGACGACGUCCUGUGGCGCCGUUCCCAUGACGCCGGCGUCCUGCUGCACUGCGUCUUGUGGCCGACGGUGUCGCUGCUGCUGGGCUCGCUCAUCGUGCUGCUGACCGUGUGCGCUCGCUCGCUCGCCGCCCGCGCCGAGGCGCUGCAGAAGAGGAAGUGUUCGUACGAGGUGUGCCAGGACCUGUCCGCCGCCGCCUCGCCCACCGAGCGCGGCGCCGCCAAGGUGGCGGGGGGCGCCGCCCUCGCCGCCGAGCCCGAGGCGGCCUCGCCCUCCAGGGGCCUGCCGCUGUUCGACGUGCCGGUGCGGCGCCGCGACCGCGAGCACUGACCGCCAGCAGGAGGCGCCGCUCACCAGUAGAGACAGAAACUCUGACCCGACCCAACAAGAGUCAUUUACGACUUUUAAAAGCGUUUACGUCUCCGGCAAACUUUGACCUUCAAACAGGAAGUCAGAGAACAGGAAGUGACCUCAGAGGAAACACAGCCUUCACCUGAAAACUUUUUCUUUUCUGUUUUUUAGCAAAAACUAAGAAUAAUCUGAAAUAUUGAAACAACCGCCUGAAAACAGUCAGAAGUCACUGUGGAUGUUUGGAGAAAAAGUGAAAACAGCGUCAGGUUCACCAAAAACCUCGAGCAGCAGAAUCAUCUGACUCAUUCGGUACAGUCCUGAGCAAAUUGGAGCGACUCUCUGACUCUGACUCUGGUUCAGCGACUCCUGGACUGCAGCUCUUGACCCUAUGACCCCGGUCUGAAUCCCCGUUUACACGACAGCGUUUUCAGACUUGACUCUGAUUUCCUGACUGAUUCUGGACAUUUGGUUCUGAAUGUGAAGACGAACCUGGACGUAUUUCUAAACUGAUCACUGAAGACAUUUUUAAACGGUCAAAGCCAUGCUGUCAGUCGCUGCCGUGUUGGAACACAUGGUGGGACUGCCGUAGGGCCCAUGAGCAGCUCCUCCUCGACCUGAACCUGACGGCAGGAAAAACCAACAAACUGACGAUAGAACUGAGGGACAGAGAGAGAAACACACUGAGCGGGAAGCAUUAGCAUGAGCAUUACCUUUAGCAUUAGCAUUAGCAUUAGCAUUAAUCUGAGGACCACAGACACUGAAUGAGUUUUCCUGAGGAUUUGGUUUCUGCCGUCUGAAACAGGAAGCGUCUCACUCCUUUCUGGAGCGACCCGGUUUUCUUGUUUCCUCCCAGGUUGAGCUGUUGACGUCGGGUUUCUCUUCAUACCACGUGAAUGUAUCAUGAUCACUAAAAAGUGUCUGGCCUGGAUUUAAAAACUUUAAAAACAAUCUGAUACACACACAAAAAAAAUACACAUUCCAGCUUAGUUGUGACAUUUAUACCACAAACUUGUAGAAUAUCAGAACGUAUUUAAAAACA